AUGGUGAUUUCAGGUUCUGAAUACCAGUCUACGGCAGCACACCAGGGCGCACCGACCAAGACUGCCACGCAUUCAUCAGAUGAAUGGUCUGAGAGCGUAUGGACUUGGCUGUCCCGGCACAAUCACGAAGACGCCGUUGCUCCCUGCCUUGCCGCGGAAGUUGUCGAUAUGGACGAAGUCACCCCCAAGAACAGAUCUGCUUCAUACUAUCGACUAGGACGAGUGCCAUGCAUGCACGUUGCAAUUGUGGGAGUACUUGUCGGCCUUAUACGGUAUGAAAAGAGGGAUGUGUACUACGUUGAUGAUGGGACGGCGGUCGUGGAGUGUGCCCACAGACACGAUGGCGCCGGGUACGAUUUGAAACUACCCCCUGCCCUUGCGAGAGAAGGAGAUUGGGUCCAGGUGAAGGGUAAAGUGGUGAAGUUGCGCUUUGGGCGGGGUCUUUCGAAUGUGUUUAUAACACGAUGCCGUUCAGAAGCGGAUGUACUUAGUCAUAGGCGACUGGUGAAGGCGUUGUACGAAGAUCGCUAUGAGAGUGACGAUCCUUUUGAAAUUCCCAGACCUAUAAUGGCACCGACUUCUAUCAAACCCGUACAGGCGGCUGAGGACACUGUCGAAGACCCUCAAGGCCCACAACCGUCUCACAGCGCAGAACGUCAUCAACCGCUGCCAGAUCCCGGACCCUCCUUCAUUUUGCCCCGGACACCUUCGAAGAAUCGAUCCCGAUUCGUACCUCCCUCACCGGCCUUGUCGGAAGCCUCAGCAUAUACCGCUUCUGCCGCCGGCAGCCCAACGAAGACCCCUCGGUCUCGUUCUUCACCUCAUAAACUGCGACACCCAACGCGUAUUCGACGUCAAGACACAUCAACUACCCUAUUCCGCACAUACAUGAUGCACUACAUCGCUCAUGGUCCCUCGCGCCCCACAUCCCUCGACGAUUCCGACAAUGAAUACGGUUUUGAUGAAAUCAUCAAGACGCCGACAAAGCGCCGACCUCUGACAGAUCUCACACCUCGACCAAACAAGCGAUUGCAUAGUUAUCCUUCACCUUCAAGAACCCCACGCGCCUCAGCCAAUCCUCUGUCCCUGCCACAACCUAAAGAGCCGGCAUCGACGGAAUGUGGUUUCACUAUGUCUCAUUUGCGUCGCGUACCAGAACUGGCUCUGCUCGCCAACAAGCUGCACAGGCAGCGUAUAGAAGAGCAUGCUUCGCAAUCACGCUCACAUAGCGAGCCUCCGAGGGUCAAGAUCAAGCGGCUAUUCACACAUUCACUCAUAGACCUCCAUAAGCGCGGGAGCAUAGUGAUCAUGGGGAAAGAUGGCAUCAUCUGCCCAAUGCCAGAGCGAGGGAGGGGAUGGGAUUUAGAAGAUAGUCGUUUAUGGAAAGCAGGCAGUGCGGGCAGUCAGACGCAAGGCGGGGAUGUGAGCAGGGCGUCGACGCGCUCGGGGAGAUCGCGAACGCAAGAGCCUGAUCCGGACGAGUUGUCAGACCCUGAAGAUGGCGAGGAGGCAUACGUGCCUUGCACUGCGCGUUUGCUGGCCAUACCCGUACUAUCCGUGAUUCGCAGUCUCGUCAAGACUCGCGCGCGCAGAGGACCCACGACUGCACGAGUCCGAGAAUCGCUGCAGAAUAGGGAUGAGAGGUGGGCAUAUAUCGGCGAUCUACAGGUGGAUGAGGCGCUGCAGCUUUUGCAAAGCGAGGGGAUGGUGCGAAAGGAUGCUUCCGGUACUUGGGCUGUAUUAUAG